AACUGCUUUUCAAUGGUGAAAAAAAGUUUUAAAUACUUUACUGUCUGAAGUUCUGAAUUUGGCACGUCAGAGCUACCAACAAUUUUGGUGUGAAAUGAAAGUUUCUGAAAUUGACAGGGUGUAGAAAAAUUGAAAGGUUUACCAGUAGGAUUUCUGUGAAGUGCUCACGUUCGUAAAUCUUACGAUUUCACCCUCAAAGUGACACUUCAUCGCGCUGCCUAAAAAAUCAUGGCGGCUCCAUCAACCGGUGUGGUGGUGCCCCGUAACUUUCGUCUUCUGGAAGAGUUAGAAGCUGGGCAAAAAGGCGUUUCAGAUGGUACCAUCAGUUGGGGCUUAGAAAAUGACGAUGAUAUGACUCUGACACAUUGGAUGGGUAUGAUCAUUGGCCCCCCUCGAACUCCCUAUGAGAACAGAAUGUAUUCAGUCAAGAUCGAAUGUGGCCAGAGGUACCCUGAUGAUGCUCCUACAGCAAAGUUCAUUUCUAGGAUCAAUAUGAAUUGUAUCAAUAGCAGCACGGGGGUGGUGGACAACCGGCAGGUUCCAGUUUUAGCGAGAUGGCAGAGAGAUUAUACAAUUAAAACAGUUUUACAAGAGUUACGUCGACUAAUGACAUUGAAAGAGAACAUGAAACUUACACAGCCUCCAGAGGGCAGUUGUUUCUAGCCCUUGCGCCCUCUCAACACGUCCCCAUUACCCUCUGCUGCCAACUGCCCUCUGAGUGUUGAUACCUGCACAACUCAGUCUUGUUGUCUUUUGUGAAUAAGUAUAAAUCAUUAUAUUAGUUACCUAAAUGACAUGAACAAGGACAAGAUGCAGAGGGGGCUACAUUAUGUGUACAGCUUAAUGGCUACACCGCUAAAUUAAUUUUAGGUCAUAAAGUUUAGAUUCGCCAUAAGUUUCUACUGUCCAGCAUUUAUAGAACUAUUCUGCUGAUGUCAUUAUUUUGUUCAUAAUAAAAUUUAUAAUAGGAUGUGUUGCCGUUAUUCGUGCAGGAUUAUUUUAUUAUUAAUUAAUGUUAAUCUUAUCGUAAUUUUGUGAUUAUAAUCAAAUAAAUUUGUAACUCAACAUAAAACCUUGUUAUUUAUAAGAAUACUAAGGUUGCUGUAAAUAUGAGUAAACACACAUUUCGUUUCUGAUAGAUCAACACACUUUUAUUGUUUUUGGCAUGUAAUAAAUUAUGAGUAUUAGAAAAAUAAAUAAAAUUCAUAUCA